AUGUCUCUCACGCUCUCCCUCGACGACCUCGCCCGCUUCCAGCUCCUCGUCGGCCUCUCCCCCGACGACGGCUCCUGCACCUUCAGCAUCAAGUCCCAGCAGCAGCGCCACGUCCCCCCUCAGCUCGUCGGCCUCGGCAUCUCCAUCAACUUCCACACCGUCUCCACCGACAACGGCACCUGCCUCGCCGUCUCCACCACCUUCCCGUCGACCAGCACGACUUCGCAGCAGGACCACAGCGAUUCGUCACCCCAGCCAUCCUCGUCCAACACCUACGCGUGUGAGGUCGGCGUCGCCAGCGACAUGGGCAUGCCUGAAGGCCAGGUGUGGCCAGCAGAGUGGACCAAACUUGGCGCCGUCGACGACUUUGCCGCCGCAUGCGCAGGCAACGCCCCAUCCUCCCUCGACGGCUCCUACUUUGAUAUCACAAACCUCGCCAACAUGCAGUACACCGGGGCGGACUUUACGAGUGUCCCUGAAAAAACGCAGGAGCCCGAGCCAGUCGAGUCGGUCCUCACCUCCCCGCUCUCCAGCCUCGGCCCCUCGUCGUCCUCUUCCUCCUCCUCCUACCCCAACUCCCUCUCCGACCUUUCCGAGCAACUCCUCAGCCCCACCACGACCGUCUCCAGCCGCUACAGCCCGCCCCUGGGCCCCCAGUUCGACGACUUUGCCAACUACAGCGCCGCCUCGUGCCCGCCGACGUCGCCCGAGCCGACCGAGAGCGAGGGCACCGCGCAGACGCUGGGCAAGACGCAGCGCGUGCGGCGGCACCCGUGCCUGCACCCGGGCUGCACGCGCAAGUUCACGAGCGAGUACACGCGGCGCGUGCACAUGGAGGCGCACAAGCCCAAGGUGCGCAAGUGCGUGCCGUGCACGAUGGAGGGCUGCAAGGAGGUCUUCUCGCGCCGCCACGACCGCCUCCGCCACGAGGUCUCGCAGCACGGCAAGGUGUGCGAGUGGCUCUGCAAGGAGUGCAGCCGCUUUUUCUCGAGCCAGCGCCGCCUCGAGAACCACAAGUGCCGCGGGAGCAUCAACGCCGUCUCGCGCUGGCCCAUCCUCCCGCAAAACAACAUCGCCCCGCCGUCGCAAAACAACGUCCCGCCGCAAAACAACGCCCAGGGCGUCCGCGCUGGUUAG